AUGGCGAAACGGCUCACAUUUGUUUGGUUUUCCUCUGUCUGGUUCGCCUUUGUUUGUCUCACCCUCUGCGUUGUCUUCCAGAGUUGCUCUGGUGAGGUAAUCGCGGGAGGCAAAAACGAAAUUUCGCUCAAAAGGGAACAAAAUGAGGAGGUUCACCAACGCGGGGACAGAAAAAUACGAAAGUACAACUUCGACUCUUUGAGAAAGAAGCUGCACGUGGAAAGCAAAGAGCAGGGGAAGGAGGAAAUGGGAACCCAGUCAAGUGACCAACAGGGGGAUAGUCAAAUUGGGGGGGGGACAGGCGUCUCCCCAGAGGAGGAAUACGCGAAGUGCAUCGGCAUGAUCGAACAGGAGUUCAAAGGCGAGGCGGACGCAAAAGUUAGGGAGCAGCUGGAAAGCCUGUGCUUGAAGAAGCGGGAGCAGGACGAGGCGGCAAAAGGGGCAGAAGCGGCAAAAGCGGCAAAAGCGGUGAAAGCGGCCAAUGAGGAAAACGCCCAACUGAAGACGGACUCGCUCAGCGCCGCAAACCGGGACGGCAAGAGAAGCAUCAUCUCCCAGCUGGGGCUCUCCACCAAAGUGGACGUGCCACUCGAAGUGUUGAAGGAGUCCCUGUCGGAGGUGAAAAACUGCGUGCGGGAUUACACACAAAGGUGCCCAUUAAACUGGAAGGUAAGCGAGACGGAUGAAACGGUUUGCGUCGCCCCAGAGUCGUACAUCGGUCCAUGCGAAAAGGAAGUGAAGAACAAUUUACAGGAGGAUGAAAAAAUGCAAAUGGAAAGGAAGUGUUCCCUAUUUUGGAAGUGCGAUUAUAAGUGCGUCCAAAACUUUGAAGGCUCCGUGUGCCCCAUUGAUUGGCUUAUGGAGGAGGAGCAGCAGCAGGGUGGUUUUUGCAAAUCCCCGGAGAGCUACACAGGAAAAUGCAUAGGAAAAAUAAAAUUCAGCAACAUGACCAGUAAGGAGAAGGCCAUUUACUCUAACCUGUGUGAGGUCAGAUGGCCAUGUAAAAAAAAAUGCGUUCAUGAUUACUCCGUUUUGUGCCCAUCUGGAUGGGUCGAAGGGGCAGAUGGGUACUGCCUCGCCACAAGUAGCUACUCUGGAAAUUGCGAAAAGAGAAUUUACCUAAAGCACCUCGAUGAAGCAAUGAAACAGACGUACGAACACAAGUGCCAAUUCAAUUAUCCAUGUGUUAAAUCGUGCGAAAAGGACUACCAUGCCGUUUGUCCCCAAUUGUGGCUCCCCGUGAGCGAGAAGGAAUGCACCCCCUCUGAGAGUUACAACGGUAGGUGCAGACACAACUACAUUUUCAAAGGCAACCUUAUGGAGGAGGAGAAAAAAAACUUCGAAAGGAUGUGCCAUGUGUCCUACCCCUGUGUUAGGGACUGUAAAAGAGACUACUCCUUUAGCUGCCCUAUCGGAUGGAAAGAAACGCUGAGCUUUUGUUUGGCGCCCACGUCGUACCGAUACACUUGUGAAAAGAUGAUGCGGAAAAAUAUGACCGAGCGGGAAAAGAUCCAAGUCAGCGCCAAGUGCCUCGUCUUCUGGCCCUGCUCCAACUACGAGGUUGUCUUGAAGAACCUCCUGCACGGCAGCAUCUCGCCGGCGGACUACUUGUCCGUGCUCAACGGGCCCGUGGACGGCGCCUCGGGGGCGGUUGUUCGGAUGAGCGGUUGA